AGGAAUGGGGAAAAACCGGAAAAGGGUACUCUUAUCAUCAUCAAUUCAUCAUCCUCCCUAUCUCUCUCCUCUUCUCUUUCUCUCUCAUCGGCCGAAGGAGAAAACAAAAACAAAAUAAAAAAUUAAGAAAAGAGGGGAAAGGAAAGAAGGGGAGGUGGUGGUGGUGGGGGAGAGAGCUGGAAUCACAUGGUCUUGUUCUUCUUCCUUCUUCUUUGUCUUCGUCUCUCUCUCUCUCUCUCUCUCUCUCUCUCUCUUCCAUUCCUCCUCGUCGGCUCACCACUACACAAACUCUUUCCCUCCAAUGAUCUCCCUCUUACUGAUAUCGACUGAUUGACUGCCGACUCCCUUCUCUCUCUCUCCCUCUCUUCAUCUCACCAGCCAUGGCUGCUCCGGCCGACGAUAAGGAGAUUUCUGCCCAUGGCAAUGAUCCAGUCACGGGACACAUUAUUUCCACCACAAUUGGGGGUAAAAAUGGAGAACCAAAGCAGACCAUCAGUUACAUGGCAGAGCGCGUUGUGGGGACUGGAUCGUUUGGUAUUGUUUUCCAGGCUAAAUGCUUGGAGACUGGGGAGACCGUGGCAAUUAAGAAAGUUCUACAGGACAGAAGAUACAAGAACCGCGAAUUGCAGCUGAUGCGAGUGAUGGAUCACGUCAAUGUGAUUUCCCUGAAGCAUUGCUUCUUCUCCACAACAAGCAACAAUGAGUUGUUCCUCAACUUGGUCAUGGAAUAUGUACCUGAAAGCAUGUAUAGGGUUCUAAAGCAUUACAGCAAUGCAAAACAGGCGAUGCCACUUAUUUAUGUCAAACUUUACGCAUACCAGAUUUUCAGAGGAUUGGCAUAUAUUCACAAUGUCAGUGGAGUUUGCCACAGGGAUUUGAAGCCUCAAAAUGUUCUGGUUGAUCCCCUCACUCACCAGGUGAAGCUUUGUGAUUUUGGGAGUGCAAAAGUGCUGGUCAAAGGUGAAGCAAACAUAUCCUACAUCUGCUCACGAUUCUAUCGAGCUCCUGAACUUAUUUUUGGAGCCACAGAGUAUACUACAUCAAUUGAUAUUUGGUCAGCUGGCUGUGUUCUUGCUGAGCUUCUUCUUGGCCAGCCAUUGUUUCCUGGAGAAAAUGCAGUAGACCAGCUUGUUGAGAUUAUUAAGGUUCUGGGCACUCCGACUCGAGAAGAAAUUCGCUGCAUGAACCCUAAUUAUACGGACUUCAGGUUCCCACAGAUAAAAGCCCACCCUUGGCACAAGGUUUUCCACAAAAGGAUGCCCCCAGAGGCGAUUGAUCUUACCUCUCGGCUGUUGCAAUACUCGCCAAGUCUUCGCUGUACAGCUUUGGAAGCAAUUGCUCAUCCAUUCUUUGAUGAACUUAGAGAUCCUAACGUUCGCCUACCAAAUGGCCGACCUGUGCCAACUCUCUUCAAUUUUAAGCAGGAGCUAAAUGGGGCUUCUCCUGAACUGGUUAACAAGUUGAUCCCAGAUCACGUCAAGAGGCAAAUGGGUCUAAACUUUAUGGCUGGAACCUAAUGUGGGUUAGGAGUGGGGUGGUGAAAUGAAUUCAGUAGUGUAUCUGCCGGUGGUUACCCCUGAGAUAAUACGGCGGGGGCUUGUUAGCUUCAAUGUUUCGACAAAUGGUACUCACAGCUCUGCCUAACCCAGCACCAUUUCUUCCUCCCUCCUGCCUAGGCCUGAACAGGAUCAAUGGACAAACAGCUGAAUGAAAGGAAAGCUGGCAAUGUUUCAUUCUUCUUCUCCACGUUUUUUCUCUUUCCGUGUCGAUCAUCUCCAUUUUACUUGUAUGCUCUGUUCUGUUCUAUUUUUUUUCUGUCUGUAAAUGUCUGAUAGUAAAAGUAGCCUUUAUAUAGCAUGGGUAGCAGCAGCAGAGGUAAAACAAUGAGCUUUUGAGAGGGAAAGUGUACUUGUAACUAGGAUGAAGAAAGGCCCCCUGAAUUUGGGAUGGCCCUAAGGAGCUGAGGGGAAGAAGAAGAAGAAGAAGAAGAAGAAGAAGAAGAAGGUACUGUUCAUUGGUGGGUAGGUUGGAGAAGGGUGGUGCUCGUUUGUUUUGGUAUUUUCUGGUUCUUCCCUGCACUGUUGUUUUUCCUCUUUUGUAUUCUGUUCAGUGACUUGAGAACAUGCAACAAUUUGUCACACUGUCUCGUCCCCAGACUCUUUCUGCAAAAAAAAAGUUUACCUACUUUGGGAAUGGCGGGUAUGGAAGAGUGGUGGGGUUGUCGUCGGUACCGCCAUGUGGCGGGGAUUUCAAGGCGGUGGUUUGUUGCUGUUGAAUCAAGGGCGUUGAUUCCUUCAACAAAGUGUAGCGGAAAUCGGCGGUCGUAAAGCAAGCAAGCAAGCAAUCAUCUUCUUGGGGGGGCCGUGGCGCAUUGAUGGCGAUGAAGAAAGAGACGAGGGACGAGUCUGGUGUAAUGGCAAGUUGGGAUUUGAACUCAGUUGAUCCGUGCUACUUGGAACAUGGUCGGUUGCUCCCCAGAAGGCUUUACCAUGGUGCAGCCUAUAUGAUACAACUUUAUAGGCUCUGCUACUUUAUGCAGGUAAAAACCUUGCAGGAGGAGAAGAAGUUGGAAAUGCUGAUAGACAGGAAUUUGAAGGGGGUGUUUUGAUCCGUCCGAGUUGGAAAAGGCUACCGAGUUGGCGUUGCAAUGCACUCAAUCGCACCCUGCUCUGCUGCCGAAGAUUUCAGAAGUGUUGAAGGUUCUUGAAGGUCUCGUAGGGGCAGUUAGGCGUCGAGGAGCCACAAGCUGGAGGGUCGAAUGCCCUACUAGGCAAGGCCUUUCAGUUCCUCGAGGCACCAAGGUGAUAUCCAUGAAGCUUCUUCGUUCAUCAUUGAAGCAAUGGAGCUUUCAGGACCAAGAUGAUUAGGUGUCGCAUUUCGCUUCCCCUCCCUUUUUUCAGGAUGGAGAUGUAAAUGAACUUUUUAUGCAGACAUAGAAAUCCUUGUUGCUUGCGGAUUGCUGUGUACAAAAUGGUCACAGGUCAAAUGAUUGCUAGGGGAAGGUGCAAUUGAGAGACCCUAUAGUUUUUAGGGAUUAUUUCCCCAGUAACAAUUAAAAAUAAUUCCCAGAAUACAUAACUUUUACAAAAA